AUCACGAUGGGUACGGCCACUGUUGUUCGAUCGAGCGCGGACCUCGUUAGCAUACUGCUGCUCACUGUGAUACACACGGGAACGAUGGGCUGGAAGCUUGAUAAUCGGAACAUCAUGUACACUAAUCAGGACAUCUCGUACGAGUGUCCAAUCAACACCAUGUGCCGGUGUGCGAGUUUACCGAACGAAACCGCACUCCUCGAGAUCAAUUGCAACGAGGUGUCGCUUUACAAAUUUCCCGAGUUUCUGCACGGGACGAUAAAACACAUCGACAUGUCACGCACCUUCAUCCACAACGUGGACGACGAAACGUUUCAAGGGUUGCGGCUCGAGUCGCUCAAGCUGGUAGACAACAAAAUACAGGAUAUCUCGGAAAAGAGCUUCAACUUUAUGCAGCACUCGCUAGUGUCGCUGGAUCUGUCCGACAAUCAGUUACAGGGACUGCCGCUGGAUUCGCUAAAAAAUGUUCACACGCUAAGCCGAUUAGUAGCCCAGAGGAACAACAUACACCAUCUGGAUGGGAACUGGGGCGGGUUGGCGGAUUCGCUGCGAAGUCUGCACAUAUCAGGCAACUCCAUUUCCGAGGUAUCUUUUUACACGCACGAUGAAAAGCGUCAAAACCAUACGGCCCCUAACUCGCAAGCAUCCAUUAUAAACGCGAAGCAAUUUUCGCAGUAUCCGCCAGCGACGGUGGUGGGCCCACCAACAGCGGGCAGCGCCGGUAUCCAGCAGCAGGGCGUUAAACCGUUUGCCAAGCUGAAAAAGCUCGUCUGGCUCGACAUCAGCUCCAAUCGUAUCGCACACAUUAGCCCAAACACGUUCCCGAAAUCGCUGGUCACGAUCGAUCUUUCCAAGAACAUACUUUCCCAGUUUCCGACGGCUUUCCUCGAGCACCUGCACGAUCUGCGCGUGCUCUCGCUGAAGGACAACCUGAUAGUGAAGCUCGACGGGAGCCCCGAAAACACUGGCACCGCACGAAUACGGCUCGAAAAGCUCGAUCUCAGCCUGAAUCUCAUUGAAGAAUUGCCUUCCCUGCUGUUUAAUGGCAGCGUGCGAAUAAAGGCAAUUAAUUUCGAUAAAAACUUCAUCCGCCACCUAGAAGCGGAUACGUUCCAGGGGCUUAACAUUGUGCACAUGGUGUUGGCGUUUAAUUUCAUCGAGUCUAUCGAUGAUGCUGCGUUUGCAACGCUCGAAAACAGCCUGGAGUAUCUGGAUCUGGAGCGUAAUCGGCUGACAGUGGUGCCGAACGCUAUCGGACGAUUAAAUCGGUUACGCUAUCUGUAUCUGACAUCCAACGAACUCACUGGUAUUCCCAAUCUGCCGGAGGCGUUACUACCCACCACGCUCAAGGUACUGUCGCUGAGCGGUAACAACUUUACUGCCAUACCGAUAGAAGGUCUUUCCAACUGUACGGAACUAUCGUAUCUAAACAUGGGCUACAACAAGAUUGCCGAUAUCGAAGAGAACGCUUUCGCUGGUUGGGGUUCCAACUUGCAGACACUGUUGCUGCGCAACAAUAAGAUCACCAGCCUAAAUUAUGGAGCAUUCAACGGGCUUGACACGAUCAAGGAAAUCAGUCUUAGCUUCAAUGACAUACACUACGUUCACCCGAACGUGUUCGAAAAUGUGUCAACAUCGCUGAAGAUUCUGGAGCUUUCGUUUGGCAUUUACAGGGAGGAGUACCCCGGCGAGGCGCUGGCUGUAUUGACGGAACUGAUGUGGCUAGGGCUGGAUAAUAACAAUCUCAAAACACUACCAGACGGAGCAUUAUCGACCCUGGGACAACUGACAUACGUAAAUCUGGCUUUCAAUCGCAUCGUUGCUAUUCCUCGUUGGCUCUUCCGGUCGGAUGUGCAUCGAAACUUGGUAGAAAUAGAUUUAUCCUUCAAUCAGCUCGAAGAUUUGCCCAGUGCCACGUUUGAUAGCUUGGAGUUGAUUCAAAUUAUUAACUUGUCAUCAAAUAAGCUACGCAGUAUACAGAAGAACGCACUGCAUGAUCUACCGUACCUGACGUACGUUGACCUAUCGUACAACUUGCUGCAAAACAUCAGUGAGGGCGCACUCAGUUUUCUUCCCAGUUUAUUGAGUGUGGACCUUAUGCACAAUGAGCUGGGUACGCUUUCGUUGAAGGUGUUUCGUCAGGUUUCAAAUGCAACCACACCAAUGCGGUUGAACAUCAGCAAUAAUGCUAUCGAAUUCCUGGACGGAGAUGUUAACUCGCUGCUGUACGUGUAUUCACUCGAUGCCAGUCACAAUCAGCUGCAGGACACUACCGUGUUCCGAGCGCUGGCAUUUUCGCUGCGCAUACUCUACCUUAACUGGAACAACUUCACCUCGCUCGGUAACCAUGCGUUCGGUGACCUGCAGAUACUUGAAAUACUGAACCUAGCGCACAACAACAUAAGCUCGCUGCGUCGCCGUAGCUUUGCCGGUUUAAUGAAUCUCCAAGAGUUUGACCUAAGUCACAAUCGCAUCGAAAGCCUACAGAUAGAACAGUUUUCUCCGCUGAAAAAGCUGCGGCUGCUCAGGCUAAACAACAAUCGGCUGCGUACCAUUCCUCGCGAUACAUUCCUUAACACACGUAUUGAAUUUUUGGAUCUGUCCAACAAUCAGUUCGUUUCCUGGCAGGCAACGGCUUUCGCUGACAUUGGGUUUACGUUGCGUUCGAUCCAGUUCGACAACAAUUUGCUCGAGUUCCUGGAUCCGUACAUGUUUACCAGCACACAGUUCCUGCUCGAACUAAACCUGGCCGGAAACUUGAUCAAACUUAUCCCGGACAGUUCGUUCGCCAACUUGAACAACCUGACAGUACUCGACUUGAGCUACAAUCAGCUUAUGCCCGUCAACUUUCGGGAACUUUUCAUCAACCUACCCCGUCUGCGUGUGCUGAGCCUACGAUCGACCGGCAUAUACCGUCUUCCGUCCCUAGCAUUGCCCCAGCUGGCUACACUUGACGUUAGCAACAACAAUCUGCAGGAGAUUGAAUCGCAGGAGGAACUGUUUUACUUGCGCGAGCUCCACAUACAGGAAAACAAGAUCAACAACAUCUCGAACCUGUUGCGAAAUCUUCCUCCCGCACUGCGCGUACUCGACAUUUCGAGGAAUCCGAUCCGAAAGAUCUCGUUUCACGAUUUCUCACUCUCGCGACGGCUGGAAGAGCUGCUAAUAGAGGACAUCAAAAUAGUCAACCCGGACAUUUUCAUUAAGCUACACAAUUUGAAAAAAUUACGCAUCAGCGCCCAGCACAACUUUAGCGAACUGGUGUCCAAGCUAAGAGGCUUGCAGGAGCUCUACGUGACGAUCUACGAUGAGCAUCUCGGGGAUGGACUAUUUACGUCUCGGAUGCAUUCGAACACUAAACUUAACGUGGUUGAGAUCACUGGCCGCCGGUUAGUGUCCAUCUCGAGCAACGCCUUCCAAGGGUUGGCACGCAAUCACGAUCUUAAGUUGCGAAUACACAGCACGAUGGUAAACGAUCUGCCGCCGGGCGUGUUUUACGCCCUAAAGUACAUCCCACGGUUAAGCAUAGAUCUGUCGGACAACUUGCUAGCAGCGCUGGCGCCGGACAGCUUCUACCCGAACGCCAGCUCGUGGGAUGCGGUGGGGACACGGAGCGUGAUCGGAGGGCUGGACGUAUCCAACAAUCCGCUGCAGUGCGAGUGUGGCCUGGUGUGGUUGGGUCACUGGCUCCGGCGAUGGCUGCGGGAGACGGCGCAGGUUAAUUUGAUUCCUAAAGACGAAAUGAAGCAAAUGAUUCGUCGAGCAAAACGGAGCACCUGCACGGAUCCGCUGACCGGCAAGCGAUUACCAUUCCUGGAGAUCUUCCCGGAGGAUCUCCUUUGCCACGCCAGUGCCCUGAGUAGUUUAGCGCUGAAGCUACGCUUCCGGUUUAUGUUAAUUUGUCUCAACAUGCUGCUAAUAGUGCUGCACAAGUCACGAACUUUGGUGCUGUAAUUUAGAAC